CACUUGCUCUGUGGGAAUGAUGAAGACUACUAAUGGGUCAGUGGGCAUUAUAGUGGCUCUGUGGGCGAUGAGGAAGACUAUGAAGAAGGUUUAAUUGGCAUCUGGGCAUAAUAGGGCUUUUACGGCCUCAAUGAACAACAAUAAUAGGUAAGUGGGUAAAAUAAUGCUUUGGUGGGCAGGGAGACAAGACCCCCAAUGCAAAUAAAGCCCCCAUGGACAAAAAAGGGCUUGGUGGUCUGCCACUACGUAGCCCACGGCUCAAGGGUGCCCCUGGUGGUGUCCAUUUCCCCAAUAGUGGGGGUCUUGGGGUCCUUCCUGGCGGGUAAGGGAAAAAUGACACGUAGCCAUCAAGUUAAAGGGCAAACGGGUGACCACGAAAGGGGAGCAAGCCAACGGACCCACUAAGUAGACAAUGGCAAUUUAUUUGAAUGGGCGAAAAUCCCACAAACCCCCUAAAUUCCCUACAUGCCAAACUAUUAUUUGAAUUGCAUUGGUGGUAUUUGAAUAUUUAGUAAAUUUAAAAGAAUGUACAGUUAACGUUUUACCUUUUCAAUCAGGGUAUCUUCAGUUCAUUCCAAAUAAAAAAAAGAAAAAUCAGUUUUUUUAUUAUCAUAUUGUAAUGCUGGGUUUGCAGAUAGGCAGAGGACCCAAGUGCAGUACAUUUAUUAAAGUAAAUCCAAAUCACAAACAAACAUAAUCCAAAACAGGAACAGGCAGAAACGGAACAGGCAGAAACAGAACAGGGAACAGGCAGAAACAACAGAACAGGAACCAACACGUUACAUUAGAUUUACAUUUAACAACCGACAUCUGACUAAGCAAACCCUGGGGUUAAAUACACAAAAUAAUAAAGGAGAACAAGACACACCCGGGGAACAAUCAGCACACAGACCAAUAAACACAAUAACUACUCAGGACUACAAAAAUGGAAUACACAGAUUAGGAUCAUGAGACAUAUCCAUCAUAAAAAAUAUGGAUUAAAAAAUGAAUUAAUAAAUGUUUCUAGAUUUUGUUUCUCAAUCUUACUUCUCUAAAACUAAAUUGUGAAAAAUUAAAUAAUCAAAAUCUUAAGCAAGGCACCAGAUGUGAUCAUCAACAUGACCUAUCCCAAAUGGGCGUACAAAAAUGCUCUGCAAGGAGUGUUCACAGAUUUGGCAAAGAACACAAUGUGAAAAGAUGCAGCAACGUUGAUGAUAGUCAUUUAGAUUUGGCAGUGGCCAGCGCAAUAAAUUAGAUAGAAAAAGCAACAUCUGAACUUCUGUCAUGAGCUCCAAAAACACAACAAGUCUCUCUGGAGAAACAGACACAAACACAAUGAACAGAGAAUCUGCUGAACCCAGCUGUGUGUCAAUGAAGAGUGAUGGAUCAAUAGUUCAUCCAGUUAACUUCAGUUCAGGAGACUCUGGUACAGAUGUGAGUAACACAACAGAUGAAACAAAAACCGUCAAAGGGAAACACAAAGACUCUGUUUUCCAGGAUCUUGAAGACAAAAUCAUCUCUCUGAUGAAGAAAGAGCUAAAGAUCUUCAAAAGACUACUGAGCUCAGAUUACCCAGCAUGCUCUGAGAUGGAGGAGGAGGAUGAGGAUCAGAUCAGAGUCAGAGUCAGAGAGGAGCUUCUGAAGAUCACACUGCACGUCCUGAAGAAGAUGAACCAGACAAGCCUCGCAGAUAAACUACAGACCAAACUUGCACCUUUGUGUGUGAAAAAACACAAAUCCAGACUAAAGGAGAAAUUCCAGAGAAUAAAUGAAGGAAUAUCAAGUCAAGGAAACUCAAGACUUGUGAAUGAGAUCUACACAGAGCUGUACAUCACAGAGGGAGGGGGUGAAGACCUCAAUAAUGAACAUGAGGUGAGACAAAUUGAGACAACAUCCAUAAGAUCAGAGACACAAGAAACACCAAUCAAAUGUAAUGACAUCUUUAAAGCUUUACCUGGACAAGACAAACACAUCAGAACUGUGCUGACUAAAGGAGUUGCUGGAAUUGGAAAAACCGUCUCUGUACAGAAGUUCAUUCUGGACUGGAGUGAAGGAAAAGCAAAUCAGGAUCUUCACUUCAUAUUUCCACUUCCAUUCAGAGAACUGAAUCUGAUAAAGAACACAAAUAUCAGUCUGAUGGAUCUUCUUCAUCAGUUCUUCAUAGAUACAAAAGAACUGAGAUCAAGAGACUUUGAUGUCUAUAAAGUUGUGUUUAUCUUUGAUGGUCUGGAUGAGUGUCGACUUCCUCUAGAUUGUUCAAACAAUCAGAGUUUGUUUGAUGUAAGAGAAAGAGUGUCAGUGGAUGUGCUUUUGACAAACCUCAUCAAGGGGAAUCUGCUACCUUCUGCUCUGAUCUGGAUAACAUCACGACCAGCAGCAGCCAAUCAGAUUCCUCCUGACUGUAUACAUCAGAUCACUGAUAUACGAGGAUUCAAUGAUCCUCAGAAGGAAGAGUAUUUUAUCAAGAGAAUAAAUGAUGAGAGUUUGUCCAACAGAAUCAUCAUACACAUCAAAUCAUCCAGGAGUUUGUACAUCAUGUGUCACAUCCCAGUCUUCUGUUGGAUUACAGCCACUGUUCUAGAGAGAAUGUUGAGUGAAUCAGAGAGUCAAGCAGAGAUCCCCAAGACUCUCACUCAAAUGUUUGCACACUUCCUGAUCUUUCAGACCAAACUGAAGAGCCAGAAAUAUGAUGAGAAAUGUGAGGUAGAUCUUCAACAGGUUAGCAAGAGUCUUUUGUCACUGGGAAAACUGGCUUUUCAACAGCUGGAAAAAGGAAAUCUGAUCUUCUAUGAGGAGGAUCUGAGAGAGUGUGACAUUGAUGUCAGAGAAGCUUCAGUGUACUCAGGAGUUUGUACUCAGAUCUUCAGAGAGGAAUUUGGACUGAACCUGGGGAAGGUCUACAGCUUUGUGCAUCUGAGCAUUCAGGAGUUUCUCGCUGCUUUAUUUGUCUUUCUUACAUUUUCUCCAGAUUUAUCAAGAUCAACUAUGACUGUUUUACUGAAGAGUGAAGUGGACAAAGCCUUGCAGAGUGAGAACGGACACCUGGACCUUUUCCUCCGAUUCCUUCUGGGUCUCUCACUGGAGUCCAAUCAGAUGAUCUUACGAGAUCUACUGACACAGACAGGAAGAAGAUCUGACAGCAGACAGGAAAUAGUUGAGUACAUUAAGAUGAAGAUCAGAGAGAAUCAAUCUCCAGAGAAAUCCAUCAAUCUGUUUCACUGUCUGAAUGAACUCAAUGAUCAAACUCUAGUGAACGAGGUACAAACAUAUCUGAGCAAAAGACAGCUGUGGUGUCUCUUUGGAGUAAGUCUCUCUCCCUCUCAGUGGUCAGCUGUGGUGUUUGUGUUACUGAACUCAGAUCAGAAGCUGGAUAAGUUUGAACUGAAUAAAUAUGAUAGAUCAGAUGAAUGUCUUCAGAGGCUGUUGCCAGUAAUCAAAUCAUCCAGAAAAGCUCAUCUGAUGAGCUGUAAUCUGACAGAGAAAAGUUGUUCACAGUUGAGUUCAGUUCUCAUCUCAAACUCCUCAAGUCUGACAGAACUGAACCUGAGUGGAAAUAAACUGCAGGAUUCAGGAGUGAAGCUUCUUUCUGAUGGACUGAAGAAUACAAACUGUAAACUCGAGAUAUUAAAUCUGUGGUCCUGCAGUAUUGGAGAUGAAGGUUUUGUUGCUUUGGCCUCAGCUCUGAGAUCGAACCCAUCACACCUGACUGAACUCAAUCUGAGUUAUAAUAAUUUAGGAGAUUUAGGAGUGAAGCUGAUCUCUGAUCUACUGAAGGAUCCACACUGUAAACUACACAAACUUCACCUAAGGUUCUGUAAUCUGACAGAGAAAAGUUGUUCAUCAUUGAGUUCAGUUCUCAGCUCAAAUUCCUCAAGUCUGACAGAACUAAAGCUGAGUGAAAAUACACUGCAGGAUUCAGGAGUGAAGCUUCUCUCUGAUGGACUGAAGAAUACAAACUGUAAACUGAAGAUAUUACAUCUGAGGUUCUGUAAUCUGACAGAGAAAAGUUGUUCAUCAUUGAGUUCGGUUCUCAGCUCAGACUCCUCAAGUCUGACAGAACUUAUCCUGAGUCGCAAUGAACUACAGGAUUCAGGAGUAAAGCUUCUCUCUGAUGGACUAAAGAAUACAAACUGUAAACUGAAGAUAUUACAUCUGAGUUGGUGUAAUCUUACAGAGAAAAGUUGUUCAUCAUUGAGUUCAGUUAUCAGCUCAAACUCCUCAAGUCUGACAGAACUGAACCUGAGUGACAAUGAUCUGCAGGACUCAGGAGCGAAGCUUCUCUCUGAUGGACUGAAGAAUACAAACUGUAAACUCAAGAUAUUACAUCUGGAGCACUGCAGUAUUGGAGAUGAAGGUUUUGUUGCUUUGGCCUCAGCUCUAAGAUCAAACCCAUCACACCUGACUGAACUCGAUCUGAAGUUUAAUAAUCCAAGAGAUUCAGGAUUGAAGCUGAUUUCUGAUCUACUGAAGGAUCCACACUGUAAACUACACAAACUAGAUAUUAAGUCUCGACUGUUUUAGUUUCCUACGAGAGCAUACAUAUGACAGAUCAAACAACAGACUUCAGUUCUGCUUACUGCCUUCUACUGGACAAAUAGCAGCAAGACAUCAGAGGUUAACAAGAGGAACGUCUGUUAUGGUGUUGUCAUAUGACAAGUUUUGAGCGGUGUCAACAGUGGCGGCUGGUGCAAAAAUGGGAGGGCGCACAAACAAACUUAAAAUCAAACUUUUACUGUAGUAAUACAGGACUGUAAAAAGCCAUUUAUCAGGUGACAAUGUAUCAUUACUGCUUAGCUAAAAUGUUGAAAAUGUUACUGUUGAAGUCAACUAAAGCAUGAAAAAAAUUACUAUGUAAAUUUGAGUAUAAUGUGGGUUUAUCAUCAGUAAUGAACUAAUCAAGGUAAUAAUUCAAACACACACACAGAGACAAACAAAUACAGCAGAGGUUGAGUUAAACUUUUUCAAUCUUCGUCAUUUUUUGACGAACAACGUUUUAAAGAUUCCGUCAUAGUCAAUUAUUAUCUGUCGUUUCAUGUUUUAAUGAUACUAAUUGUUUUCGUUCACAUUUCUUAUCAUGAACUUACAAGACGAGCAUACAAGUUUAAAUGUAUUUAUUUGUGAAAAAGACAACGGAUGAAUGUGCAUCACUUUUUCAUGUUUAACAUCAUGAUGCAGAUGAAUUAAUCCUUUUAUCUCACAAUAGUCCCUUUCACACAUACAGUCUUUACUGGUAAUUUACUGGUAAAUUGCAGUUAACAUGUCAUGUGUGAACAGAACCUUUCCGGUAAAUCAGUGCUCCCAAUUUACCAGUAAGACAGGUUGUAAGAUUAACGGUAAUUUACCGGUAAGCGCUGUGUGUGAACGAAAAAUAUAGCAAUACCGGCAUUUAGAACGGAUGACGUCAGACCGCGCUGACAGAUCGGGCGGGCCAAUCAGAAAGUUUUUUAUACAGGUGACGCGGUUUCCCCCAGACUGUUUACGGACGUUUCCACACACAUGUUGCUUAAAAGUCGAGCACACCUGAAGUUAACAUCCACAUUUCUUCACCAAAGUUGUUUAAAACAGCCAGGGCCGCCUUAACCUAAUGUGAGGCCCCGGGGCUAAGAGGUUUUGUAGGCCCUCCUUCCCCUCGAUUUAUAGUCUAAUUUUUUUUUUUAAGUGUAAUAUCUAGGUAAUCUACAUCACAAAAUGCAUUAGUUUCUUUCGAGACAUACAACAGUGAGUUUUCCCUCUUUGAGCCAGAAAACACCAUAAUAUUGUUAUUAACAUAUCACUGAGCCCACUUGAGCAUAAACACAAGACCCUUUUUUUCACAACCACACACAACAACAUGUGGUGAUAAUAAAACCAAAAUGUGUGAAAGUAUAUAUGUUUAUAAGCUUUAUAUUUAUAUAGUUUUUGGAAUAUACAAAUUUGCAGAAAAUUGCCACUCAUAACUAAAUGCUCACCACAGUUUUAAAAAUAUAAUAAGUUAAAGUUAGUUUUAAAGUAAAAAUGCAUUAAUGAUAACAAAAGAUAAGUCUUUACAGACAGAAUCUUGUUUUUUAAUCAGUUUAUUUUGUAGGAUAUUGAAGAUAUAGUAUGCAUUGUAUUUAGUAUUUAUGCAUACAUAAGCAUGUAAAACGACCAAGUAUGAAUAUGCACAAGACAGACAGGGAACAUACCUGUAUAUAAGAUCUUUAGAUAAUGAGAUUAUAAUGGUGCUAUCAGGGGAUGAUCAUUUGAGAUGGUCUUGUCGCUCUUUACUUUCUUAGACUUGCACCUUUACCGUUGCGUCUCUUUCUCGUCUUUCUAAACCAACAGAUGUGUGUACUGUGAGCUAACGUCGCGUCAAACUACAUCGCUCCAGCUGCGCACGCGUCACUGAUAUAAACGCAAGUAAACUUAAACUUUAUAACAACUAACAGCAUUAUGUGCGGGAACUCCUUUCUUAAUUUAGCGGCACAGUUUCUUGUGCACGUUUGGAGAGACUUCUGCAUGCCAGAGACAGAACACACCCUCUGCUUUCAAACAAACAAACAAAACGGGGAAAAACGUUUCAUUAUACAUUUACUUUUUCUACUUAAUUUAACCACUGAAAUAAGGAUAUUUCUCUUCAAAAAUACAACAUUUUGAGCAAAAAGCUUAAAAAAUUGCGUUUUUGUAAAGGAAUUUAUGUUAGAUAUCAGACUCAGAAUGACUAUCAAACAUAAAGGCAGUUAAAAUAAAUCAUUCAAUCUUUUUAACUUCUGUUUUUGAUAAAUUCGGUUUGGCGCCAUCUGGUGGAUAAAAGCUGUAUUACACUUUCACUUUGAAAUUCGUCCAGAAAGGCAUAUUUAUUAGUUAAAUAUAAACUCAUAAAUGACGAGAUAACUCGUCAAUGGCGGUGAAUGAGUUUAUAUAGUUUAAAAGUCUAAACAAUUAGCUGGUUAAUGUAACGUUAGAAAAAAUGUCACUUAGCUUAUAUAUGGUAAUACGUUACCAGCGAAAAUCGAUUCCAAUAACUCCAAAGCAGAGCAUGCCAGCACGUGCGUCUUCCAUUGACACGAUCUUCUUCUUCUUCGUUUGGUUUAAUGGCCGGUUGCGAAUCAACUUUAAAGGUGAAUACCGCCACCUACUGUGAUGGAGCGUGAAAAUAUGAUCUACCGCUUCGAUCGCCAUUUAAUAAGCUGGCUAUAGAAAAUUCAUUGCAUUCUACUGCUUGUAAUUCUUCCUUUAAAAUCCUUCUUUCUAUUUCAUAUGCCUUACAUAUCUUUAAAACAUGCUCUACAUUUUCUUCUGUUAAACAAACAUCACAAUGGCCUGUUUUGUGUUUCCCUAUAAUGUCUAAUGUAUGAUUUAGAUUUCGUAGAUGUGUAAAAAAGUUGUUUUUUAUUUUGCAUUUUUAACCUUCUAAUAGUGUCUUCCAGUUUGACAUGAAUCCCAAACUGUUUGCCAUUUCGUAUUACAUUACAUCUAUUGCUUCUAAAAUUAAAAGUUUUCCUUCUGAUCUACUGAGUGUAAUAUUUAUAUUUGGUUCUGCCAUAUGAAUUGAUGCUUUGGCAAUGUUGUCUGCUUCCUCAUUACCCUGUUUACCCACAAGUUUUAAAUUUACAUUUUAAAUUUAAGUUUAUAUUCAUCUGUUGUAUUAUAUUCAAACUGUUAAACCUAAUCAUGAUUUCAAUAAAAUGUUGGUUCAAUUAAAAUCCAUUGAUUGGAAACUCAAAAGGACAUUGAAUUAGAACAUAUGAGUACUUUAUCAGGUCUAACUUCAUACACCCACUUUAGUGCCAUUAAAAUAGCUUUCAUUUCUGCGGUGUAUACUGAUGCACCAUCUGUUAUCAUACUGUAUCUGCUUUUCUCACAUCAGUCUCUGGAACAAACAAUGCAGCCCCUGUCCUUCAGUAUUUAACUUUUUCAUCCAUCUGUAUAAAUUUGAAGAAAUGAAUAAUAUGCAUUUUUAAUAUAAUUAUCUACAUAUGUAAUUAAACUGGCCUUUUCAUUCAUUUCCCUUCUGUUCUCAUGUUGUUUGUAUGUUUCUGGCUGGUCUAUUAUCCAGGAUGGAAU